AUGCCCGAAUCAAUGGUUACCGAGCAACAACCUGAGGAGUUCGCGUUUCAGGCUGAGAUCGCCCAGCUUAUGAGCCUGAUUAUCAACACUUUCUACUCCAACAAAGAGAUAUUUCUUCGUGAGCUUAUAUCUAAUGCUAGUGAUGCUCUGGACAAGUUGAGGUAUAAGAGUUUGACUGAUCCAUCAGUUCUUGAUUCCGGAGAAGAUAUGUAUGUCAAGUUGAUACCCAACAAGGAGGCUGGAACUUUGACUGUCCUGGAUACUGGUAUUGGUAUGACGAAAGCAGAUUUGAUUAAGAAUUUGGGUACGAUCGCUUCCUCUGGUACGAAGGCAUUUAUGGAGGCUUUGGCUGAUGGUGCAGAUAUAUCGAUGAUUGGUCAAUUUGGUGUAGGUUUCUAUUCUGCCUACCUCAUAGCCGACCGGGUUCAAGUAGUGACGAAAAAUAAUGAUGAUGACCAGUACAUUUGGGAGUCGUCCGCUGGUGGAACUUUCACAAUCGCACCAGAUGACAGUGAGUUGCCAAAACGCGGCACUAAGGUGAUAUUGCAUCUCAAAGAAGAUCAACUAGAUUUUCUUGAAGAGAGAAAAAUUCGAGAUAUAGUGAAGAAACAUUCUAAUUUUAUUAACUAUCCCAUCAAGCUGGUUGUUAAUAAAGAGCGGACCAAGGAAGUGUCUGAUGAUGAAGCUGAAAAGUCCGAGUCGAAAGAAACUGACGAGUCUGACGACAAACCGAAAGUCGAAGAUCUAGAUGAAGACGAGGAAGAGGAGAAUAAGGAAAAGAAAAAUAAGAAGGUUGUGGAGAAGUAUACUGAAGAAGAGCAACUGAACAAGCUUAAACCGCUCUGGACGCGUAAUCCCGAAGAUAUAAAUACAGAAGAGUAUGCCGAGUUUUACAAGUCGCUUACUAAUGACUGGGAGGACCAUCUUGCCGUGAAGCACUUCUCUGUUGAAGGACAGUUAGAGUUCCGGGCGUUGCUGUUUGUGCCUAAGCGUGCACCUAUAGACAUGUUUGAAGGAACGCGUAAGAAGCGAAACAAUAUCAAAUUGUAUGUGCGAAGAGUGCUGAUCAUGGAUACGUGUGAUGAUAUGAUUCCUGAGUACUUGAAUUUCGUCCGCGGCGUUGUGGAUAGUGAAGACCUGCCCCUUAACAUCAGUCGUGAGGUGUUGCAGCAGAACAACGUAUUGAAGGUUAUUCGUAAGAGCCUGGUCAGGAAAUGUAUUGAGUUAUUUGAGGAGAUAGCGGAGGAUAAAGAUAACUACAAGAAGUUUUACGAGCAAUACUCGAAAAGUAUAAAACUGGGCAUCCAUGAAGAUAGUGUUAAUAGGGGGAAGCUGUCCGACUUACUGCGUUUCUAUUCCUCAGCUUCUGGUGAUGAAAUGAUCAGCAUGAAGGAUUAUGUAUCACGUAUGAAGCCCGAACAACAAGAUAUUUACUACAUAACAGGUGAGUCAAAGCAAGCUGUAAUGAAUUCACCAUUUACUGAGAGGCUUACUCAACGUGGAUUCGAAGUACUGUUCAUGGUUGACCCGAUUGACGAAUAUGCUGUUACCCAUAUACGGCAAUACGAAAACAAGAAGCUGGUUUGUGUUACAAAGGACGGUCUUCAAUUACCUGAGAGUGACGAGGACAAAAAGCAAUUCGAAGAGCUGAAGUCAUCUUUCGAAACGCUGUGCAAAGAGAUCCAGCAAAUCCUUGGCAAGAACGUUGAGAAAGUUAGUAUUUCGAAUCGACUUACCAAUUCCCCAUGUUGCGUUGUAACUUCGGAGUUUGGAUGGUCUGCUAACAUGGAGAGGAUCAUGAAAGCUCAGGCACUCCGGGAUUCCUCCACGAUGGGGUAUAUGGCAGCCAAGAAACAGCUAGAGCUGAACCCGUACCACCCUAUGAUCAAAGCCUUGAAACAACAGUUUGAGAGUGGCAGUUCAACCAAACUUGUUAAGGAUCUUGUGCAACUGUUGUUCGACACCGCACUUCUCUCUUCAGGAUUUUCACUACCUGAUCCCAAGAUACACGCUAAGAGCAUCCACCAUAUGGUUUGCAUGUGCCUGGAUAUUCCUGAUGAUGAAAUAAAGGCGAACGAAAUCCCAAGUAACGGUAUACAGAAAGAUGCUGCACCCGAAGCUACAGUUGACGAAGAUGGUAUGGAAGAAGUGGAUUAG